AUGUCAAGACCUGCUGGUAGAACCAUAUUGGCAUCAACUAUUGCCAAACCUUAUCAAGAAGAGGUCACUUCUGCUGUUCAAAAAUUGAACUUCAAGCCAACGUUGGUGGGUCUUUUGGCAAACAAAGACCCCGCUGCCAAAAUGUAUGCCAACUGGACCAGCAAAACUUGUGAAUCUUUGGGAUUCAAUUAUAAGUUGAUUGAAGUAAAUAAAAACGAAUUGGAAACCGCAUUAAUCAAGGCCAACAGAGACGAUAAUGUUAAUGGUAUUAUGGUAUACUUCCCAGUGUUUGGAGACAAACAAGAUCAGUACUUGCAACAGUUGAUCUCUCCGGAAAAGGAUGUUGAGGGAUUGAAUUUUUUGUACUAUCACAACCUUUAUCAUAACGUGAGAUUUUUGGAUCCUCCCAAGAAUCAACAGAAAUCAAUCUUGCCUUGUACUCCCCUUGCCAUGGUCAAAAUAUUGGAGUAUUUGGGGGUCUAUAACAAAAUCUUACCCUAUGGAAAUCGAUUAUACGGGAAAAAGGUCUUGGUUGUAAACAGAUCGGAAAUAGUAGGAAGACCAUUGGCAGCGCUACUUGCCAACGACGGUGCCACAGUAUAUUCCGUGGAUGUGAAGAACAUUCAACAGUUUACACGUGGUGAUGACUUGCUGGAGCAUAGACAUUUGGUAGUCGACUUGGAUACCGAAAAUACUAGUCUCAGUAAUCUUGCACCUCAAUGUGAUGUCAUCAUCACUGGUGUUCCUUCUGAAGACUACAAAUUCCCAAUUCAUCUAGUGAAACAUGGUGCUGUUGUAAUUAAUUUUUCAAGUUUCAAGAAUUUUGACGAUGAAAUUAAACAAAAAGCUGGUUUAUAUGUGCCUUCCAUUGGUAAAGUUACUAUUGCCAUUCUACUUAGAAACUUGAUACGAUUGAUCGACAACAAGAGGAUUAGAGCGGAAGAAGGAGCCAAAGAAUAA